AUGUCAUCUCAAGCAAACCUCCACGCAGUCUACACUGCCCCAGACACCGACCCCAAAACUUUCUCCCACGAAUUCCCCUCCACCGAUGGUUCCCUCGCCAGCAAAACCGCCCACCUAACAGCUCUACAAUCACUAGUCCCCAAAAUUCAGGACGAAAUCAAUGUCUACCUGACAGCCCGCAUGGAAGAAGACAAGAAGGCUCAAGGCACUGUCUCCGAGAAGGAAGCCAAGGAGGAGGACUACUACGGAGAAGAACUAGUGGAAGAGGAUGCUUGA